AAACCAAAAUCUUUCUUCUUCGCUUCACUUAAUCAAGCAAUGGCUUCUUCGUCUUCAAUGCAGAUGGUUCACACUUCUCGCUCCAUUUCUCAGAUUGGUUUUGGUGUAAAGUCGCAGCUAAUCUCCGCAAAUCGAAAAUCUCAAUCAGUCUGCUUCGGAGCUCGUUCCUCUGGAAUCGCAUUACCUUCGAGAUUGCACUAUGCAUCAAGUUUCCCCACUAAGCAAAUCUCCGUCGCUUAUGCCAACACCAAGAGAACGGCUUGUGUUAAAGCAAUGGCGGCUGUAAGAUUACACCUAAUUUUUCAUUAUCAUAAGAUGGAGGAAGUAGAGCUUCAAGCUAAAGUGACAAACAAGUGUUACUUUGAUGUGGAAAUUGGAGGUGAAGUCGCUGGAAGAAUUGUGAUUGGUCUCUUUGGAGAUGUUGUCCCUAAAACCGUCGAAAACUUCCGUGCCUUGUGUACUGGUGAGAAAAAAUACGGGUACAAGGGUUCUUCGUUCCAUCGUAUUAUUAAGGAUUUCAUGAUCCAGGGAGGUGAUUUCACUGAGGGAAAUGGCACUGGAGGUAUUAGUAUUUACGGUUCCCAGUUCGAAGAUGAAAACUUCACAUUGAAGCAUACCGGACCUGGAAUCUUGAGCAUGGCAAAUGCUGGUCCCAAUACUAAUGGAAGCCAGUUUUUCAUUUGUACCAUCAAGACUAAUUGGUUAGAUAACAAGCAUGUUGUGUUUGGGCAAGUGAUUGAGGGUAUGGAUGUCGUGAAGACACUCGAGUCUGUGGAGACACGUGCCAUGGAUGCUCCCAAGAAAACUUGCAGAAUCUAUGCCUGCGGAGAGCUCCCGUUGGAAGCUUGA